AUGUCGAAAGAUUUUUCAGAUAAAAAGAAACAUACGAUAGAUCGAAUUGAUCAGCAUAUCCUCCGUAGGUCUCAACACGAUAAUUAUUCCAAUGGAAGCUCUCCGUGGAUGAAAACUAACUUGCCACCUCCAUCUCCACAAGCUCAUAUGCAUAUACAAAGCGAUCUAUCGCCAACGCCAAAGAGGCGAAAGCUAGCGUCUUCAAGUGAUUGCGAGAAUAAACAAUUUGAUUUAUCAGCUAUUAACAAGAAUUUAUAUCCAGAAGAUACAGGAAGCAGGCUAAUGCAAAGUCUUCCAGAGUUGUCUGCCUCUAAUAGUGAUAAUGUAUCACCGGUUACAAAAAGUGUAGCUUUUUCUGAUAGGAUAGAAUCAUCACCGAUUUACCGCAUACCAGGUUCCUCACCUAAACCCUCUCCAUCAAGCAAACCAGGAAAAUCAAUUUUGAGGAAUAGGUUGCCUUCAGUGAGGACUGUAAGCGACUUGAGUUACAAUAAACUCCAAUAUACCCAACACAAAUUACACAACGGUAAUAUUUUCACAUCACCUUAUAAGGAAACAAGGGUAAAUCCUCGCGCCUUAGAGUAUUGGGUGAGUGGUGAGAUCCAUGGUUUAGUUGAUAAUGAAAGUGUUUCGGAGUUUAAAGAAAUUAUUGAGGGCGGAUUGGGCAUCUUGCGACAAGAAUCUGAAGAUUACGUCGCGAGGAGGUUUGAGGUAUACGCAACCUUUAAUAAUAUUAUACCCAUUCUAACCACUAAAAAUGUUAACGAGGUUGAUCAGAAAUUCAAUAUUCUAAUUGUGAAUAUAGAAAGUAUCAUUGAAAUAUGCAUACCGCAUCUACAAAUAGCACAGGACACAUUAUUAAGUAGUAGUGAAAAAAAAAAUCCAUUUGUAAUCAGACUAUAUGUUCAAAUAGUUCGAUUCUUCAGUGCUAUUAUGUCUAAUUUCAAAAUCGUUAAGUGGCUAACGAAAAGGCCAGAUUUGGUUAAUAAGUUAAAAGUUAUUUACAGGUGGACCACCGGUGCGCUAAGAAAUGAAAAUUCAAACAAGAUAAUCAUAACAGCACAAGUCUCUUUCUUGAGAGACGAAAAAUUUGGUACUUUUUUCUUGAGCAACGAAGAAAUUAAACCUAUCAUUAGCACUUUCACUGAAAUAAUGGAAAUCAAUAGUCACAACCUAAUAUAUGAAAAAUUGCUACUUAUAAGGGGAUUUUUGAGCAAGUAUCCAAAAUUAAUGAUUGAGACGGUAACUUCUUGGUUACCAGGUGAGGUACUACCUAGGAUUAUUAUCGGAGAUGAAAUUUACUCCAUGAAAAUUCUCAUAACUUCAAUAGUUGUUUUACUGGAACUACUAAAAAAAUGCUUAGAUUUUGUUGAUGAACAUGAAAGGAUUUACCAGUGUAUCAUGCUAUCUCCAGUAUGCGAAACAAUCCCGGAAAAAUUUUUAUCUAAACUACCGUUAAAUUCAUAUGACAGCGCUAAUUUAGAUAAAGUGACAAUUGGUCAUCUUCUUACACAGCAGAUAAAAAACUAUAUUGUGGUCAAAAAUGACAAUAAAAUAGCAAUGGAUUUGUGGCUUUCAAUGACCGGAUUACUAUACGAUAGCGGAAAGAGAGUUUAUGAUUUGACAUCAGAAUCUAACAAAGUUUGGUUUGAUUUAAAUAACCUGUGCUUUAUCAAUAAUCACCCCAAGACUCGCUUAAUGUCCAUCAAAGUUUGGAGAAUUAUUACCUACUGCAUAUGCACGAAAAUAUCACAGAAAAAUCAGGAAGGAAACAAAAGUUUACUGUCACUUUUACGAACCCCUUUUCAAAUGACGCUUCCUUAUGUGAAUGAUCCAAGCGCUAGAGAAGGGAUCAUCUACCACCUUUUAGGUGUUGUUUACACUGCAUUUACAAGUAAUAAGAAUUUGUCAACAGAUAUGUUUGAACUAUUUUGGGACCACCUAAUAACCCCGAUUUAUGAAGAUUAUGUUUUCAAAUAUGAUUCGAUUCACUUGCAAAAUGUACUCUUCACAGUUUUGCAUUUGUUAAUUGGGGGAAAGAAUGCAGAUGUUGCAUUGGAAAGAAAAUAUAAAAAGCAUAUUCACCCAAUGAGUGUUAUAGCCUCAGAAGGUGUAAAGUUAAAAGACAUUUCAAGCCUGCCCCCGCAGAUCAUCAAGCGUGAAUACGAUAAAAUCAUGAAAGUUGUGUUCCAGGCUGUUGAAGUAGCCAUUUCUAACGUUAAUUUGGCUCAUGAUCUGAUCCUUACAUCUUUGAAGCAUCUUCCAGAGGAUAGAAAGGACCAAACUCAUUUAGAAUCCUUUAGCAGUCUUAUAUUAAAAGUCACGCAAAACAACAAAGAUACACCCAUUUUUCGUGACUUUUUUGGUGCUGUUACUUCAUCGUUUGUUUAUACAUUUUUGGACCUGUUUUUAAGAAAGAAUGAUUCAUCAUUAGUAAAUUUCAAUAUCCAAAUUUCCAAAGUUGGUAUUUCGCAAGGAAACAUGACCCUUGAUCUUUUAAAAGAUGUUAUCAGGAAAGCUCGAAACGAAACAUCUGAAUUUCUGAUAAUAGAAAAGUUUCUAGAAUUGGAUGAUAAGAAAACAGAAGUAUAUGCCCAAAAUUGGGUUGGAUCAACGUUAUUACCACCAAAUAUAUCUUUCAGAGAAUUUCAGAGUUUGGCGAAUAUUGUGAACAAAGUUCCGAAUGAAAAUUCCAUUGAAAAUUUCUUGGACCUAUGUUUGAAGCUCAGCUUUCCAGUUAAUUUGUUUACACUACUUCAUGUGUCUAUGUGGUCGAACAAUAAUUUUAUUUAUUUCAUUCAAAGCUAUGUUUCAAAAAAUGAAAACAAAUUAAACGUGGAUCUGAUCACGCUGUUAAAAACUUCUUUACCAGGGAAUCCUGAACUGUUUUCCGGUCUGCUCCCAUUUUUAAGGCGUAACAAAUUUAUGGAUAUUUUGGAGUACUGUAUUCAUUCCAAUCCAAAUUUACUAAAUUCCAUCCCUGAUCUAAAUUCAGAUCUCCUAUUGAAGCUGUUACCACGUAGCAGAGCUUCAUAUUUUGCAGCAAACAUAAAACUAUUCAAGUGCUCCGAACAGCUUACAUUAGUUCGUUGGCUGUUGAAGGGUCAACAACUUGAACAGCUAAAUCAAAAUUUUUCAGAAAUCGAGAACGUUUUACAAAAUGCGUCUGAUAGCGAGUUAGAAAAAUCAGAAAUAAUCAGAGAACUCCUUCAUCUGGCGAUGGCAAAUCCCAUUGAACCAUUAUUCAGUGGCCUAUUGAAUUUUUGCAUAAAGAAUAAUAUGGCGGAUCAUUUGGAUGAAUUUUGCGGAAAUAUGACCAGCGAAGUUCUUUUCAAAAUAAGUCCAGAGCUACUGUUAAAAUUACUGACGUAUAAGGAGAAGCCUAAUGGGAAGUUACUGGCAGCAGUUAUUGAAAAAAUUGAAAAUGGAGAUGAUGAUUAUAUAUUGGAGUUGCUUGAAAAGAUUAUUAUACAAAAAGAGAUCCAAAUUUUGGAAAAAUUAAAGGAGCCACUUUUAGUUUUCUUCUUAAAUCCAGUUAGCUCUAAUAUGCAAAAACACAAAAAGAGUACAAAUAUGCUCCGUGAAUUAGUCUUAUUAUAUCUCACUAAACCGCUUUCUAGAAGUGCCGCCAAAAAAUUUUUUUCCAUGUUAAUUAGUAUAUUACCGCCAAACCCUAACUAUCAAACUAUUGAUAUGGUUAAUCUGUUGAUUGACCUCAUCAAAUCACAUAAUCGUAAGUUUAAAGAUAAGAGAACCUAUAAUGCAACAUUAAAGACAAUAGGAAAGUGGAUACAGGAAUCGGGCGUGGUUCAUCAAGGGGACUCAAGUAAGGAAAUUGAAGCUAUACCUGACACUAAGUCGAUGUAUAUUCCAUGCGAAGGGAGUGAAAAUAAACUUUCAAACUUACAGAGAAAAGUGGAUUCUCAAGAUAUCCAGGUUCCGGCUACGCAGGGAAUGAAAGAGCCUCCCUCCUCAAUUCAAAUAUCUUCCCAGAUUAGUGCGAAAGAUUCAGAUUCAAUAUCGCUUAAAAAUACUGCAAUAAUGAAUUCUUCACAGCAAGAAUCACAUGCUAACCGAAGCAGAUCAAUUGAUGAUGAAACACUAGAGGAAGUGGAUAAUGAAAGCAUUAGAGAAAUAGAUCAGCAGAUGAAGAGUACGCAGUUAGAUAAAAACGUGGCCAAUCAUAGCAACAUUUGUUCUACUAAAAGCGAUGAGGUGGAUGUUACUGAGCUGCAUGAAAGUAUUGAUACACAAUCCUCGGAAGUGAACGCAUACCAACCGAUAGAAGUUCUCACUAGCGAACUGAAGGCGGUAACAAAUAGAUCUAUCAAAACGAAUCCUGAUCAUAACGUUGUUAACAGUGAUAAUCCUCUAAAACGACCUUCCAAAGAGACGCCUACCUCUGAAAAUAAAAGAUCGAAAGGUCAUGAAACGAUGGUGGACGUUUUAGUUUCUGAGGAACAAGCGGUGUCGCCUAGCAGUGACGUUAUAUGUACUAACAUCAAGAGUAUAGCCAACGAAGAAUCUUCGUUAGCUUUAAGGAAUAGCAUAAAAGUGGAAACAAACUGUAAUGAAAAUUCCUUGAAUGUCACUUUAGAUCUUGACCAGCAAACCAUAACAAAGGAAGAUGGAAAAGGGCAAGUUGAACAUGUUCAAAGACAGGAGAACCAGGAAAGUAUGAAUAAAAUCAACAGUAAAAGUUUUACGCAAGACAAUAUUGCACAGUACAAGAGCGUGAAGAAAGCCCGUCCUAAUAAUGAGGGUGAAAACAACGAUUAUGCUUGUAAUGUUGAACAAGCCUCUCCAGUAAGGAAUGAGGUGCCAGGAGACGGCAUUCAGAUCCCGAGUGGGACUAUACUUCUCAAUAGUUCAAAGCAGACAGAAAAAUCAAAAGUUGAUGACUUGCGUAGUGAUGAAGAUGAACAUGGAACGGUUGCGCAAGAGAAACAUCAAGUGGGUGCAAUAAACAGUAGAAACAAAAAUAAUGACAGGAUGGACAGCACACCCAUUCAAGGCACUGAAGAAGAAUCUAGGGAAGUUGUUAUGACCGAAGAAGGUAUCAAUGUACGCUUAGAAGAUAGUGGAACAUGCGAACUUAAUAAAAAUUUGAAGGGACCGCUUAAAGGAGAUAAGGAUGCCAAUAUUAAUGACGAUUUUGUACCUGUUGAAGAAAAUGUCAGAGAUGAGGGCUUUUUAAAAUCAAUGGAACAUGCGGUAUCUAAAGAGACAGGUCUAGAAGAACAACCCGAAGUUGCUGAUAUUUCAGUGUUACCAGAAAUUCGUAUACCCAUUUUCAAUUCUUUGAAAAUGCAAGGGUCAAAGAGCCAAAUAAAAGAGAAAUUGAAAAAGAGAUUGCAAAGGAAUGAGUUAAUGCCACCAGAUUCACCUCCUCGAAUGACAGAAAAUACAAAUAUCAACGCGCAGAAUGGCUUAGACACCGUACCAAAAACAAUUGGUGGAAAAGAAAAACACCAUGAAAUUCAAUUAGGCCAAGCCCACACAGAAGCAGAUGGCGAACCUUUGUUGGGGGGAGAUGGUAACGAAGAUGCUACAUCUAGGGAAGCCACACCUUCAUUAAAAGUGCACUUUUUUUCAAAAAAGUCGAGAAGGUUAGUGGCCAGAUUGAGAGGGUUCACACCGGGCGACUUGAACGGAAUAUCUGUGGAAGAAAGAAGAAACUUGAGAAUUGAAUUAUUAGAUUUUAUGAUGAGGCUCGAAUAUUACUCAAACAGGGAUAAUGAUAUGAAUUGA